CUCUCUCUCUAGCCAUAAUUAGAACAUUUUUUUCUCUCUCUCUAGAAACAGCGGGAUCUGUGACGGAAGAAUCUCUCUCUAUGAUGUUCUUGACUCCGAAAUUUACGCGCAGGGGACCCGAAUCUAACGCAACGUAACGCAACAAACCCUAAUUUCAGACCCCAAAAACCCAGGAAAGAUAAAGACCAUGGCGACAUAUAAAUCACUAGAAUCCUCUAAAACAAUAUAUCCAUGGAUACCUAGUUUAAGAACCAGAAGAUCUCUACUAAAAUCAUGGCCGAAGAUGAAGCAGUUAGGGUACCAGGUGGCCCUAGAAGGAAAGGGGCCACCGGUCUUAAGCCAUGGCUAGUUAUCACGGCUUCUGGUCAGAGUCACCUUGAAGAAGUAGGCAAGCAUUCGAUUAUGAGGAGAACUGGUUUGCCUGCUCGAGAUCUUCGAGUACUUGAUCCCGCUCUCUCUUAUCCUUCGACGAUUUUAGGUAGAGAAAGAGCGAUUGUGAUCAAUCUUGAGCAUAUUAGGGCUGUUAUUACUGCGGCGGAGGUUUUGGUUUUGAAUUCUAAGGAUCCUUUGGUGGCCCCUUUUGUUCAUGACCUUCUAAAUAGGGUUUCGGAAUCGAAUGGGACACCCAGAAGACUUUAUCUCAAGGGUAUGGGAAACAGUGCUACCGAUAUGAACGGCAUGGACAAAGCUAUGUCACAGUUUCCCCAUUAUGCAGUGACAAGCCCUUUAGGCACAGGGGUUUCUUCACUAUACCCAGUUGCAUCAGAAAAAUCAUUCAACGGUACUUCUAAGGUGUUACCUUUUGAGUUUACAGCACUCGAAGUCUGUCUUGAAUAUGCUUGUCGAGGCCUUGAAUCUGAGGCUUCUGCAUUGGAGAAACAAGCAUAUCCUGCUCUAGAUGAGUUGACGUCUAAAAUCAGCUCUCUAAAUCUAGAUCGUGUCAGACAGAUCAAGAGUCGACUAGUUGCCAUAUCUGGGCGUGUUCAGAAGGUUAGGGAUGAGCUUGAACACUUAUUGGAUGACGACGCUGAUAUGGCCGAGAUGUAUUUGACAGAUAAGCUUGUUCAGCAAUCUAUGGAUGGGAUCUCUUCAAGAGAUGAAUUGGUGCAAGAUGAAAUUAAUUCAGAUGAAGCAAGGGAUGAGGAAUCUGAUAGCAACAAUGGCAAGAACAUCACUGGUGUUGAAAGCUCGAGAGGUUUCAAGCUUGAUAUUGAAGACCUGGAGAUGCUUUUAGAAGCGUACUUUGUGCAAAUAGACGGAACCUUAAACAAACUCUCAGCUCUUAGAGAGUAUGUUGACGAUACAGAAGACUACAUCAACAUAAUGCUUGAUGACAAACAGAAUCAACUGCUUCAAAUGGGAGUGAUGCUCACGACUGCGACAUUGAUAGCCAAUGCUGGAAUUGUUGUUGUUGGUUUGUUUGGUAUGAAUAUUCACAUCAGCCUCUUUGAUGCUGGGAUGGCACAGUUCAUGCAAGCCACCUGUGGAACAAUUGGAGCUUGUGGGGUUCUUUAUGUCAUGGCUAUUGGUUGGGGUAAAAGGAAUGGGUUAUUGGCAUGAUGACCAACUUCAACUUAUGUGAUUCAUUGUGAUUCAUUGAGCUGCCCUCCAUUGAGCUGCCCUCUCUCUCUUAUUUAUUAUUUAUUAUCCUGCCCUCUCUCUCUUAUUUAUUAUUUAUUAUCCUGAUGUGUGUGGAAUUUAGGUUCAGGAUUACGGUAUCGAAUUGUAUAGCUCUGAUGAUCAAUAUGAAUAAUUUAUUA